AUGCCUCGCGCAGCACACGACCGCCAGCGUCUCGAGGCCGGCGACUCGCCGCCUCCUUAUCCCUCCUCGACGCUAGUCGUCCGCAGGCUGCUCCCCAACGCGAGCCCUGACGCCAGUCGUCCUCCUCGGUACAAGCCGCAGACUAUUCUUCACGAGCUUGAGGAGCGUGUGCGUGCCCUCAUCGCCCACCUCGACAAGAGCGACGACUGGCGACAUGUUCUUCCCGGCGCCGACCGACCGUGGAAGGGCCAAUUCCGCAUGCCGCCCCUGAACCGCAACGGCACCCUGUCGGACUGCGUCAACUCGUCGGUCGCCGUCUGGGACAGCUCGAUCGUCACCACCUGUCGGAUCAACAACGCCAUCGUGCCCGUCAUCGGCGCGCCCAUCCUCGAGCAUGGCCUGAAACAAGGCCAUGGCUUGUUCGACCUGUGGGUCAGCGGUGCAUGGACGCGCAGCACCAUCGACGUCUGCUUCAGAGUCGAGUGGACGCUCAAGGACUUUCACGAGCGCGACGUCAAGGUCGUGUUCGUCACGGCGGCGCUGAAUGAAGCUGGCGACCGCUCGGUCCGCUCGGCGCCCGUCAUCAACACGAUCCCGUCGACCGAGUCGCUCAACCUCGUCUCGACCGCCGCCAGCUCGACUCGGCACGCUCGCCAAGCAGGCGGACCGCCUUCUCGCCGGUCCUCGAGCGGAGCCUCAUCUCUCGCCCGCCACAGCGACUCGAGCGUCGACGUCGACGAGCUCCACGGCCUCAUGUCGUCGCCGGCCCUCGGGAACGACGACUCGUCCUCGACCCGGUCGUCGCAGGUCCAGCGCCGCAAGGCGCACCCGGUCAUGACGGCCGCAGAGCUCACUGCGCACGAGCGCAACCCGCCCGGCGUCCCGAGCAUGCGCCCCGAGGUCCCGCAGUACGCCAACUUCGACCUCGACCACCCUUCUCCUCCUCCGCACAACCCGCCGACCGUGUCCGACUCGACCCUGCGCCGCCUCGAGGACGGCAUCAAGGGCUUUGUUCGCUACAUGGACGAUUCUCGCGCGCCUGUAUUUCGCGGCCAACGCUCCGGGAGGGACCAGGAGGUUCACGUCGGCGACUUCACGCCCGCUGUCGCCCGAGACGAGCACGGCAAAGGCGCUUGGGUGCUCGAGGUCCUCGUCCACCUCAAGGGCUGCUGGACGCUCAUCCGGCCCGAGGUCGAGCUGUCACGCCCGAAUCAGGCGGGCGAGAAGAUUGUCCACCCGUUCGGCCCGCUCAAGUCGCACGCGUUCUGCCUGCCUGGCGGCACUCUCGACCCGCGAGACGAGCACACGGUCGUGUGCACCACUAGCGCUUCGAGGACGGCAAGAGCUGCUCGACCCGCCCGAUGGCGUGCGCCCGACCAAUGGACGUUCGUCUCUCGCUCGGGCGCUGCCGCGAGCGACCUCCACGCCCUGUCGCCGCACACCGAGUGCCACCGCGUCCUCGCGACCAAGUGGCACCUCCGCUCGGGCGUCAGGGCCAACAAGGCCGACUCGCACGCCGAGGUCCCGCCCGUCCACGUCACGUUCGCGCUCGAUGAGCCUUUCGAGGUGAGGAGCAGGAGGCGUGAGGACGAGGCGUACGCCGAGGUGUUCUCGCCCGGGCACGCUCGCAGAACGACGGCGAGGCGGUGGGAGGAGGGGCACGAGCGCGAGGGUCGGGCCUUCGAGUAG